GCCAGACCCUUUGCGGGAAAGAAGAGAAGACCACUCCGAAUUCUCGGGGAAGAGAGAAGAGUCCUCUCGCCUGCGUUGUGGGGUGACUUGUCGACCGAGAUCUGCCUUCCGGAAGAUGAAUCCGUCCCCUCGCGAGUGAAGAAACUCGCUAGAAAUUCGUCGUCAGGUUCUAAUGGGCGAGACAGAUAAAGAUGCGGGAAGCACAGCUUCAAAUGGCAGCAGAAGACAUAGUGGGCUGAAGGUUCUUGAUCCUGCUAUCUCUAGAUUCUUCGGGCAGCUUCCUCAGAAGCUCGGGAAUGGCUUCAAGUUGCCACUUAAAAUGAUUAAAAGGGAAAAUGAAAGGGCAAACUCCGGAAGCUCUUCUUUGAGGAACUUGAGUAAAACCUUGACUGAUUUUGAGGUCAAUCUGGAGAAGCAAAUGCAAGCAUGGCAUGAAAAUCCAGUGUGGGUGGAUCAAGCUCCAGAAGUAAAGGUGAGCGUGCCAAAAGGAUCUCUUUGCAAUCUCAAUGUAAAUGUCAAUGUGGGGUUGCCUCCAGAUGCUGUGUAUAACAUUGUUACUGAUCCUGAUAAUAAAAGGGUUUUCAAGAAUAUUAAGGAAGUCAUAUCCAGAAGGGUUUUGGUUGAUGAAGGUUUAAGACAAGUUGUUGAAUUGGAGCAAGCGGCCUUGUGGAAAUUCCUUUGGUGGUCAGGGACCAUUUCAGUACAUGUUUUGGUGGAUCAAAAUAGAGCAGAUCACUCGAUGAAGUUCAAGCAAGUGAAAACGGGGUUUAUGAAAAGAUUCGAAGGGUGCUGGAGAGUAGAACCUUGGUUUGUCGACGAGAAACUCUGCUACCCCCUUAAGCCCAAGACUUGGGAAGACUAUAAUUCAUGUACUGGAGGAAAAGGAAGGAUCGGAUCAAAAGUGAGCUUGGACCAGCUGAUCCAACCAGCUCUAGUCCCACCUCCGCCCAUUUCUUGGUAUUUAAGGGGAAUCACUACCAGGACCACUGAGAUGCUGAUAACUGAUUUGCUUGCUGAAACAGCAAGAGUCAGGGGUGGCCUUAAUCCUGUGAAAUCAGGUAAUAAUCAUGAGCUGUCUGACAACACACUCGAUAAGCAACUUGAGGAAACGGGUGACAUUAAAGAGCGAUGGGCCCUGCGGAGGAGGUUGAUGAAGCAAAGAGAUAGAAGGGUGCUAUCUGGGCAAUGAUGCUCAGGUGAUUAGUUUUGCAUCUGUCGACAGGAAUCUAUUUUCUGUAUUAAAUGCCUUCUUUGCUCAGACUACACCAUCCCUACUUAACCUUCUCGAAUGCGUCACGGUUGCAUAACUUUCCUUUCAAAGGCCGGUGCACUCACACACCUCCGGAAGUCUGGAAUAGGUCACACUCUAAUUCUCUGUUCUUAUGGAACUCGCCGGAUUGUGAUGAAGUUUCCGGUAACGAAGUACCGUAGACACGAUGACAGCUACUUAUGAAGACACCUUCAUGGUGAGUUGAUGACGAGGUCUCAGGCAUGUGAAGCUAGAUGUACGUGAAACAAAGGAUUCUUGAAGCCCAUUGAGGUAUUUUGUGCAUAUGUACUAUUAUUCUUACUUGUCCCAUGAUAGAGGUGUUACUUAGUGAAGAAGAAAGUUUUAUUUUCUCGGCGUUAGGUGCGAUCGGCGGCGGCCAUAGGCCCGUAACAACCGCCAUCUUCUUUGCUAUUCAGUGGCGACCCCUUCACUCUGCUUUUCCACCAUGCUCUGGUCAUUCACACCGUUGGAACUGUUUUAGUAGAAUAUCUCAUGUACGCAGUUUAAUAUGGAUCAGGUUGAGUAGACUACUUUGUCUGAAAUUGCUUAUAUGGUUGAAAGGCACAUUCGAAAUA